UCCGUCCUGAUCAUCUGCUGAGGAGAGGGAAAGAGGAGAAUCAAUGUCUGGGCCAGUCUCACAUUCCUGAUGGGAGCCGUCUGCAGCUCAUGCCUCGGGCAGCGUCAUCCCUCGCAGGAUGGCGAUCUCGAUCGUAUCCUUGACUCCAGACAGACGUCGUACGGAGCUAUCGACAGUAACGAUAGGCACGGCCAUGCACAACCAGACGAGGAGGAGUUGCAAAGGGAGCGAGAGGCUCUGGAAUACAUCACCACAGACGCCACAGAGCACAUGAUCGAUGUACUGCACCCGACCGACGCCGCCAUGGAGCACAGCAUCGACAACGGCAACGAUAGACAUAUCAGAGACGAUCACAGCGAGAGCGAAUCAGGACAGGACGCCGAAGAAGAGGCGUGGUUGGAGAGCAUCAAAUCCGCCAGCAAUGCUCAGGUGAAAAUGCCGCAGAACGGAACAUUCGUAAUGAAUGUGGGUCAACUCAGGGAUGGAGCUUGAAAGGAAGACCUGCUACGGUCAGGAUAUGUACUAGAUGGGAAUGAUCAAUCCCGAGAGGUGAAGGUCACGAUGAGAGUGUUGGAAUCGAUGUGGCAGUCUGCAACAGCCCGGCGCUGGAAGAAUGCAGGUGGUAUGCAAGACGGACAACUG